AUGUCCCCUACGCAAGAUCUCCCACCCGCAAUCCUCAACCUCCCAAAAGCAACAAUUCGACCCUACCACAAAACAGACGCACCCGCACUCUCCACCGCAGCAAACUCCCCCUCCGUAUCCCGCUACCUCCGCGACUCCUUCCCCCGCCCCUACACCCUCGCCGACGCAGAGUCCUGGAUCGCGAUGAAUUCCAGCGACGGCGGCGCGCCGGUGUACAACUGGGUCAUCGCCUGUCCGGAAACGGGGAGGCCUAUGGGGAGUAUCGGGCUCGUGCCGGGGAAGGAUGUAUAUGCGAGGGGAUAUGAGCUUGGGUACUGGCUUGGAGAGGAGGAUUGGGGGAAGGGGGUUAUGGGGUGUGUUGUGCCCGCUUUUGUGAGGUGGGUUUUUGAGGGGAUGGGUGGUGGAGAGGUUGAUGGGGAGGGGAAGAGGAAGGUUGAGAGAGUUUGGGCGGGUGUUUUUGAGGCGAAUAAGGGGAGUCAGAAGGUUCUUGAGAAGAGUGGGUUUGUGUUUGAGGGGAGGGCGAGGAGAGCUGUUGUUAGAGAUGGGGUUGUGAUGGAUGAACUUUUGUACUCUGUUAUCAGGGACGACUUGAAGAAACGCCUCAAUCUCUUCACAGCAUGGGUGGGAGUUGUCUUGACCGAGCAAUGGUUCCAGUGGGCGAGAUUACAAAUUGAGCGGAUUUGUCGCGAGACUGUCGAGGAGGAUAUCGUGACAGUCUUUCGAGACAACCUCCCCCACGGCCUUGACCUUCUUUACCAAGUAUCUCUCGAUUACAUUUCCCACUCUGGGGAGGUGGCCCAAGACAUUGCUACAAUAGUUCUGUCUUGUGUUCUACACAUGGUAGAACCGCCGAGACCUCGGACCCUUCUAAAGGCCAUAUCUGCUGAACAAGCCUUGACCUUAGACUUGACACAGGUUUCGCGACUUCUUAAGGCGCCAUCAGGCCUUUUACCUGCCACAGCUCACGACACUCUCGCGUCUCUCUGCAUCGGAGUUUGCUCGCGAGGACUAGAUCUUGUAUCCAUCAACGGAAUGCAGAUUCCAAGCGAUGACUCUCAUAUCUACGCAGCGCUGUACUGGCCGGUCCACUCCAAAUUGGCAUUCUACUUUGGCACAGACACACUUACCAUGAAACGUGUUGAAAAGGAUGUAACAACAUUCAUCUUUGAUGAGAAUUGGGAUACCACACUUUCUUACGAGAGCUGGGCGAUGAACGCCCAUAAGAUCGAUCUACUUCUACCGGGAGAUUAUGCCCUGAAAGGCGAAAUGAGUGCGAUUGACUCAUCAAACUCUGGAUUCCUAUUUACACUGAGCACAUUUGGACUCGACUGCAUUCAACACCAAGCGUUAGCGAACAUCAGCAACGUGGACGUCAACCUACAAAACCAUCUGGGUCAGAUCUCCGCUUACUUAGCCGCGGCAUGUGGGCAUUCAGCGACAUUGUCUUUACUUGCUGAUCGCGGCGCCCCCGUCAACCUUUAA